GUCUGUAAUGUAAACUUUAGGUUCUUAGUAUGAAAAAGAGGGAAGAAGCAUGCAACAGGACGACAUCCUUAACGGACGAAGAAGAAGAAAAGACACCGAAAAAGACGGAGAAGAAGAGGAGGGAGAAGAGUUUGUGAUUUCGAGUCCGAGGCUUUUGUCUCGGACGACGAGCCAAGUCGUGCCCCCAGAAAUCAGCCGGAAAAUGUCAAAAAGCGCUAGCCGGAGGGGGAAGACUCCGCCGCCUACGCCGAUGGACUUUUAUGCCCACCUGCAGAAAUCGACGCAGGGGGCAACCGGAAGCGGGCCGAACACCCCUUCUUCGUCAUCGUCAGCGGCAGCACCAUCGACACCCACGGGAGCGGGAAAUAACCCGGCGUCGCUCUCGAAAAUAACGAGCAGAAGAAACAACAUGCCGCCAAUUAUAUUCUCACAGUCGAUUGCCCGGAGAAAGCCGCCGGCGGUGGAGAGGAAGCUGGAGUGCACGCUGGAGGAGCUAUGCCAUGGACGUGCUAAGGUGGUCAAGAUUACAAGAGAGGUCAUUUCCAACACUGGGUUAAUAGUGGAAGAAGAAGAGUACGUGACAAUAGUGGUGAAACCAGGGUGGAAGAAGGGGACGAAGAUCACAUUCGAAGGGAAGGGGGACGAGAAGCCGGGGAUGCUCCCGGCGGACAUAACCUUCGUGAUCGAAGAGAAGAGGCACCCUGUGUUCAAGAGGGAAGGCGACGACCUUGAGCUGGGCGUCGAAAUCCCUCUUGUUCAGGCCCUCGCCGGUGGCAGCACCAUAACGGUGCCGCUACUGGGAGGGGAGAGCAUGACUCUUGACUUGGACGAUGAUGUCAUCUUUCCGGGAUACGAGAAGAUCAUACCUGGCCAAGGGAUGCCCAGACCCAAGAAGGGCAUUGUUGAUGGUGGUGGAGGACACAGGGGUGACCUUAGGCUUAGAUUCAUGGUUGGGUUUCCUGCCAACUUGAGUGACCAACAGAGAGCCGAGGUUGCAAGAAUACUACAAGACUGUUCUUAUUAAUUAAAUAAAAAGUCAAAAAAAAUGAAAAUUACAAUCAUUUUAACAUGAUGUAAGGAUUGUUCCAAACAUUUUUAGAUGUCGAUCUGGCAAUGCAUAUUUCAAUGGAACAUAGUACUCCCUCCGUCCCAUUUUAAAUUGCCUGUUUGCCUUUUUUCUCCGUCCCAAAAUAAAUUGCCUGUUAGUUG